GUCCGCUCGUCACUUCGUAUAGCAAUCGCAUUAUUUUUCAUGCGCAUAGAAAAUAAGUCGUAACAAAGUUUUAUUAAGUCUGUGGAUCUAUAUCUUUCUUUCUCGCUUUUGAGUUUUAAAUGCAUCGGACAAAUGCUUUCUCGUUUCUAUGAUUCUUGAAUUGGAAAACAAUUCUCGUAAUUUUGGAGGCAACUUCGUGUCAAUGAAAUUUAGUGACAGAACUUAUGAAUUGUGAAUGUAUAGCUUCAGCAGUGGCACAAUGGUGUGCGCCUUCGUGAUGUUCGUUUUAAUAUCGUUGAGCGGAAUGAGAUUCCAAGAAAUGCUCCUCGUCAGAUUUCGAUGACCAUAACAAUAACUUACGGGAACGAUGAUCGCUAAUCUGCCGCUGUUGUUCGCCAAUGGCAAUCCGAUACCGCUUUCGAAGAUCAGAGCCGGCGAGCUCGAGAGGUUUAUAACAUUUAUGGUGACAUGUUCCUGGGGUCACGAUACAGCUAAGGAUAUUCGACAGCCUCCAUGGUGGCCCAGCAACGUCGAGUUCACGCAUCCCUUCGUGAGGCCUGCAGCUGUGCCCAACGAUUGGGAGCUCAGGUUGAAAAAUGUUGUCAAAAAAUGCUAUGAAUACCACAAGAGUGCAUUUCUGCUGGUCUUUUCAGCGCAAUUGUCGCGAUACCCCCGUAACCGUCUUUUGUACGUUGACAACAAGGAUCACACAACAUCCCUUUAUUAUAUACCUAGUAACCGUCUAUUGGUUACAUUCAGAAAUGAGAAUAUAAACUAUGAUAAGGAUGUACAAAUUGAAGACGAAGAACCUGUGGUGAGAGCUGCAGACAUUUAUUUGUGUGACAAUUGUGAUAGUCAUUUUGACAAUUUAAACAAUUUACAAGUCCAUGAAAGACUGUGUCAUGGUGACAACUCUCCUGCUGGCACGAGUGGUGGUUUACCAGAGUUCUUAGCUGCAUUGAAGUUAAAACAGGCUACAGAUGUUCAAUGCUCAGGGUCUGAACAUAUAGAAUAUGAAGCAAGACCUAAGAACGCUAGGAAUGCUGCAAAUAUUGACCGUGGGCCACCUUAUCCCUUUUCAUCAUUAGCUUACAUUAAAAAUGCUAAAACAUUAGUACAGAGAGAUACAAGUUAUUCAAGGGAGAGAAUUGAACGCUACUGUUGUACUUCCACUCCCCUUAGUAAAAAUGUAGUUAGUAAAAAUAAACAUCAACAAUUCCCUGUAAGAUAUAAGAGGCCUAUAGAUUAUUGGAACAGAAAGCAUGUGUUCCCCGACCAGAGAAAUAAAGAUAUAUUAGAUCUUAAAGCUCAAUUGUGUUUAUUGAAAUGCAGAGCUCUCACUGUUAAUGUUGAAAGAAUGUCUGAAGAAAAAAUAGAAGACUAUAUUCAACAGUGCAAAAAUAAAUUGGAAAGUGAACUACAACAGAAACAAGAAAAAGAUGUUAUAUUUGUGGACAAUAUAGACACUGAUCAAGGAGAAGAUGAAGAAACAAAGAUUGCAGACCCGUUGAGAAGAUCUGAAGUAGAAUGUGAAGUGAUUGACCUUUGUUCUGAUGAUGAGAGCAGUAGUAGUAAUGAGAAUUGUGACCCACGUGCAGGUGUGGCUUGUGUGAUGAGAGGUGGAGCAAUUUUGAGACGAGCAGCUGCAUCGACACCACAAGCACUCCCCGCUGAUCCAUGUGGCGCCAGGCAUCUCCCAGCAGUACUGCAACCUCACCCCAAUCCUCAACCUAUCAUACUCAUAGCCCAUACAUUUAAUAAUCUACAGACUAUAUCUUUAGAGUAAUUUUUAUUGAGUUAUUGUAGUAAGAAAAUGGUGGAACAUCUUAACACAAGAUGGCGUUUUGAAGCAUGAAUAUAAAAUGGCGGAAAACAAGAUGGCGGCGUUUUGGUAUGAAGCUUUGUAUUUAAGUUAUUGUCAUACCUGUUUGAAUUGAUACUCAAAAAUUGAUACAUAGCAGUUAACGUAUUUUAUGUAUUUAAUUUGUUUAUUGUAUAGCUCUAAGGACUAAAAUAAUGCUGAAAAAUAUUUUUCAACUAGUAAAAUGUAAUGAUUUUGUAUUUGUUCUUUAUUUGUUUGAAAUGAAGAUGUAAAAAAAGAACUAAUAGUAUAAUAUAACCUCAGGAAUAUCAGAAGCACAGUUCAUGCAUAUAAUUUAUAUGGGAUAUAAUUUACAUAUAUGCAUGAACAUUAUGAAAGUAAUAUUGGGUUGCCAAUUCUUAUUUUAAAAAACCUGAUAAUAAUAAUUAAAAAAAAACUAUGUCACUCAUAUGAUGAUGAUCUAUGAAGUUCAAUGUGAGCUACUAGUCCAAAAGUGGGCUUAGUUAAAAAACGAUAUUACGUUUCUUUUUGUCAUACUAGUAUCAAAAUCACUUAGGAACAUCCACAAACUCAGCAACUGGUAUGUUAUGAUGUCAAUUAUAAGUAUGAAAUCUAUGUUUCACAUAUAAAAUCUAUUUUUCUAGUUAAAAACUAGCGCACACAGUUUUUUAUUAUGCCGUAUCAUAGGCCAUAGGGUUGACUCUAUCACAUUAAAAUCGUAUUAAUAUGAAUUUAAAAAACAAAAAGAAUGAUAUUAAAUCAUUUCAUAAAUUCAUAAGUUUAAGUACAUGAAGUCUAGUUGUGGGGUUAUCUGUCGAAUCACAAAAAAGGAAUGCAUGUAAUGUUUCAUGACGACACCGCCAUCAACCGUAUCGCUUCGCUCAAAAAUAAUUAUUGAUGCUGACUUGGACAUUGUUUCUAAGGAUUUUU